AUGGCACCUGGCGAGCAAUUUGAAAAAUUUCGACGCAUCCACAAACGACAGCUCGGUUCAAUAAUUUCGGGCUACUUAUUGGUGCUGAUUUUUUCGAGUCCUACCAACGGUUCGCUGGCAAAGAGAGAAGUGUUGUCCAUAGAAGACGUUUGCAGCGCACCGGACGAUUGUGCGAGUUGCUUCCGAGCAGCUUCAACUUGCAGCUGGUGCUUCGAUGACGACUGGAAUCAUCCUGGUGGAAGAUGUUUCCACGAAGACAGAUCCGAUUCUCCGCUGGAAACUUCGGGAUGCAAAAAUAUUUUGAGCAACCCAAUGCUCAGCAACCAAAUUCCAGACGUCAUUCAUUUAGAAGCCACCGGAAAAAGCGUCUACGAAUUCAAAAUCGUCCCAAACGUCGACCUGGUUUUGCCGAAUAUUCAGUUCAAAAAUGACAAGGACAGACCCGUGGAUCUCUAUUUUCUCAUGGACCAAACCUGGACCAUGGAAGCGUCUCUUCAGACAGUCACUCGAAUCGGCGAGGAAAUUGCGACAGCGUUGAGGAAUAUCACGUCGGAAUACCGUCUCGGAUUCGGCUCGUUCGUGGACAAGCCCCAACUGCCAUACACCUUGCCAAAUUUUGUGGACAAUCCUUGUGCAGUUUUCAACAACGGCGAAAGUUGUGCUCCAAUUUACUCCUACAAGCAUCACUUGAGCCUCACGCGGGACAUGGAAAAUUUCAUCAACACGGUGAAAGCAUCCAGAACUUCCGCUAGUUUGGACAAUGCAGAGAGUGGGUUUGAUGCAUUGUACCAAGUUGCAACUUGCUGGAAUUCCAUCAUAGACACAGAAAGCCGAGAAUCUGCGCGGAAACUAGUGCUGUACAUUUCCGAUUCCGUCCAGAUGCCUCACAUAGCUGGCGAUGGAAAGAAUCAUCCUGGUGGAAGGUGUUUCCACGAAGACAGAUCCGAUUCUCCGCUGGAAAAUCCGGGAUGCAAAAAUAUUUUGAGCAACCCAAUGCUCAGCAACCAAAUUCCAGACGUCAUUCAUUUAGAAGCCACCGGAAAAAGCGUCUACGAAUUCAAAAUCGUCCCAAACGUCGACCUGGUUUUGCCGAAUAUUCAGUUCAAAAAUGACAAGGACAGACCCGUGGAUCUCUAUUUUCUCAUGGACCAAACCUGGACCAUGGAAGCGUCUCUUCAGACAGUCACUCGAAUCGGCGAGGAAAUUGCGACAGCGUUGAGGAAUAUCACGUCGGAAUACCGUCUCGGAUUCGGCUCGUUCGUGGACAAGCCCCAACUGCCAUACACCUUGCCAAAUUUUGUGGACAAUCCUUGUGCAGUUUUCAACAACGGCGAAAGUUGUGCUCCAAUUUACUCCUACAAGCAUCACUUGAGCCUCACGCGGGACAUGGAAAAUUUCAUCAACACGGUGAAAGCAUCCAGAACUUCCGCUAGUUUGGACAAUGCAGAGAGUGGGUUUGAUGCAUUGUACCAAGUUGCAACUUGCUGGAAUUCCAUCAUAGACACAGAAAGCCGAGAAUCUGCGCGGAAACUAGUGCUGUACAUUUCCGAUUCCGUCCAGAUGCCUCACAUAGCUGGUGAUGGAAAGCUGGGAGGAGCAGUGUUGCCGUUGGAUGCUAGAUGUCACCUCGGAGCUGACAACGUGUACAACACAAAGUUGGGGAUGGAUUAUCCUUCAGUCUCUGAACUGGACUUCAUUUUGGCAAAACACGACGUCACGCCGAUUUUUGCGACCCCAGCUCCCAACGGCAGGAAGAUCUUUGACGAUCUGAAAGGCGUCAUGCGAGACAGUAGGCCGAUUGCUGCUAAUUUGGAAGAAGACUCAAAAAACAUCGUCAGCAUCAUCGAAGAUUUGCACGAGGAACACGAAGUCAUCAUCAGCCCAGUUGGUUUGGCAGAGAAGGCCAUUGUCAAGAUUUCCGUAAUUUGUGACUGCCAAUGCAACAAAACGGUCGCCAAUUCCACCAUUUGCAACAAACGUGGAGAUCUCUCUUGUGGACGUUGCACAUGCCACGAAAAUUGGGAAGGCAACUACUGCGACUGUUUGAAAGGAACCCAAACAGACCUCAGCUGUCGCGACGCCCAAGGAUCAAUUUGCUCGAACUCGGGGAACUGCAUAUGCGGAAAAUGCCAGUGCACUCGGCCGUUCUACGGCAAAUUUUGCGAACUAAAUGACCGCAUUUGCACCGAAACACCAGGUGGGAAGCCUUGCAGUGGUCACGGAAUUUGCCAUCACCAACAGAGGGCUUGUCAGUGCGACGAUGGUUGGAGAGGUGAAUUCUGCAGUUGCAUUUCCAACACAACUGGGUGCAUGGAGCCGGGUACUGGUACAAUUUGCAGCGGGCACGGAGAGUGCGACUGCGACGGGUCUUGCGCGUGUCACAGAACCUCAACUGGAUGGUACAUCGGGCAAUUCUGCGAAAUAUGUCCCACAUGUGCUGGCUGCGGAAAGUUCACCAAUCUCAUGGAAAACCACGUCCUUUGUUUCGACCACGAGCUUCCGAAAUCUGCAAAGGCUUCGUGUAACCCAGAAAAAGAACAGUCCACUGGAAUUGUCAUAACUCGGGCUGACACAUCAACGUUGAAGGAUUACAUGAAGAAGGCUGACCUUCAGAGUCGUCGCAUGUGUCGAUUCAGCGUGAACGUGGAAGAAGUGACGUGCUAUUAUGAGUUCAUCUUCAUCGAACAAACGCUCGAGAAUCAGAAUGUCACCAUCAUUUUUCAACAUACUGAAGCUGGUUGUCACAGACCAGUUCCCUGGUGGAGAAUUGCAUUGCCGAUCAUCGCUUCAAUCGUUUUACUUGGACUGUUCCUCAUUCUGGUGUGGAAACUUGCGACUUAUCUUCACGUUCGCAACGAAUGGCGCCACUUCGAGGCGGCUGAAAAGCGGUCAAUCAACGAUUUGGGGAAGAAGAUUGACGUGAAUCCCCUUUAUCGCUCGCCAAUUGAAACUUUCGAAAUACCUCAAGACUUUCGCGAAUCAAAGACACUCAACUUAGAUUGAAAAGUUGAACGAAAAAAAACACGUUACUGUACAUAUGGGUUUAAACAUAACUUGAAAGGGUAUCUGAUUUCCGCGCGCUGUCAAUUUUCAGUAGUGUUCAAUUUUAAAUCAGCAACUUGAGUUGAUCACAUCAUAAGAAAACAUUCACAUAAUUUUUGAAUACAGUAUUUUGAUACCAUGAAAGAAAGAACUACUCAUUGAUAAAAAUGCAUCAAAAAUGUCCGAUUUCACGGAUUUUGACUACAAUGAUGAUCUUCUAUUCUCAUCUUUACCAUUUUUACUUCCUUCUAUGUCUAGAGGCACAAGUAAUCUUCAAAAAAUGAAGCAAAAUUUGCACUGAGACUUGUUGAAUACAGCAAUUGAACUGAGAGCUAUGACUUGUCUUAUUCUUCUUCCAUCGUCCAUGGUACCAAAGAGGAAUGGAAAGAAAAUCAAAAUUUAGAAAACAGGUGACGAUCGAACCAGUUCUUUCCAUUAAUCUAAACUGCAUUGCCUUUUUUUCUUAAAUAAAUACUUCACGGAAAGCUGUGAAAAUGUUGACUACGCAAGGGAAUCAGAUACCCCUCGUAUCCUUCCUCAGUCAGAGCAGAUUUCUGACUGAAGAGUGAAGACUAAACUCUUGCUUUUUUCACAUUUAUUUCGAUUUCGCAGAAUAAAAAUGACCGUGCAAUGCACCCAAUCUAGAUUUGAAUAUUCAUUUCGCUUCCGG